ACAAGCUGGAUUUGUAUUGAAACAAAUAUUUUGUAUUAUGAAUGAUUUACUUUUUGUUUUUAUUUUUAGUAAUUUUUGUUUUAUUUGCUUUUUGGGUUUCUUUGUCUUUAUUUUGGUUACUUUUACUUUAUUUUAUUAUAUAUUCUACAUAAUGGUGAUGACCAAUAGCAGGAGCAGAACCAAUUGCGCACCAAUUGUUUAGGACUAAAGUUCUUUUACUUUUACAUUCAAGUCAAAAUGAGAAUGGAAAGAUGUUUGUCUUAUUGUCCAUAGUUCGAAGUGCAGUGGCAUAAGUUGGUAAUUGGUAAUGUAUAGUGGCUUUCUUUAGCCACAAGAUAGUAAUAAUUGAAACGCUAAAUUAUGAAACUGCACUCCGGAUUAAAAUAAACAGGAAAAGUGAGGCUAAAUUAAGCCUCAGAGCGGGGAUUAUGAAGUUGUUUAUUUUAAUCCUAAUCUACAUGAAUAUGAGUUUACCAUUAUAAUCACAUGCAAUUUGUUUACCAUGAAGUUAUGCAGUAUCUGGGUCAUGUGUUAUGCUGUGUGUGGGUCAGGAGUUUGCCAUGGGAUUGCUAUUGCAACCCAGCUGUGUGUCUUCAUGAUUCAUGUCAAAGGUCUCAGAGGGUCUCAAAGUAUAAGGAAUAGCCUAGAGUCAAAUAGGUCAUGGGACGGAGACACUGGUCUGCGGAAUGUCAUGUGGUUCUUCAAGUUACAAGCCUGAACAAAUCCUAUAUUGUUUUAAGCAUGGAGGGGAACCUAUAUAUUUACCUAGCCACAGCUCAGAGAGUUAGGCUGAUUUGGAGGAUCCUCCCAGGACUACACUCUGGUUCUGGGGGGAUUCACCAGGGCAGGCUCGGCUUCUUAUUUGACCGGAAAAUAAAAGUCUAUCUCUUGAAAUCAAAACCUAAGACUGAAGAUUGUUUCAUUUGAGGAAAAGGGAAACCACAACAUCGCCUUCAAGGGAAAGACGUUGUGGUGCUAGGUGUGUAUUUUAAAAUGUUAAAUGGUGCAUGUGUCAAUGACAUUUUUAUAUAUAACCUUACUACGAUAUAUGCCUGUUGUUUUUACAGGGGAUGGCAGAAAUAAUUCACCGGGGCAUUGUGCCCAGUACUGCAGCUACACUAGAAUGGAGCUUGACACCAAGGAAAUCAUUCAUGUAGCCACAAUAGACAAGCGGCAGACAUCGUGGAACUCCAACAUCAUGGAGAAGGAGGCAUUUAUCCAGACUGUAGACAAGCUUUCCAAACAGAUAAAGCUGGUGGAGAUCUGCACAGAUGCACAUAUCCAGAUUGGAGCCCUUAUGAACCCAGAUAAAGGCAAAUACACGGACCUUGGGAUUCAUCACAGUCUGGACAUGUGGCACGGUGCCAAGAAUCUGGCCAAGAAACUUGCUGCUGCAGCGAAGGUGAAAGGACAGUCCAUUCUCCUACACUGGUUGAAGGACAUCGUCAACCAUUUUUGGUGGUGUUGCAAGACUGCUGAUACCAAAGAACAAUUUCUUGCACAUUGGAUUGGCAUUUGUCACCAUGUCUGCAACGUCCACACAUGGCAAAUGGGAAGCUGCCAACAUGGCGAUCUGGGAGAAGUUCUUGGGAAGCAAGUGGAUCCAGAGAGAUUCCAAGUCUCACAAAGGAUUACUGGACAUCGUUUUCAACAAGCGUUGGCUGAAGGAUGUCCAUAAAUAUCUGCGUUUCAGGUAAAGCGUGUUAACAUGUAACAUUUUACACAUUGUGUG